CCCCUCCCGAUUCAUCGCCGACCCCCUCUCCUCUCCCCCCCUCCCGCAGCACUCGCCCGCUCACAGACACCAAUCCACUCCGCCGCCUCCCACACUCCUCUCCACCAAGCCACCGCCGGGCCAGAAGACUCUCCCCGGUGUCUCCUCGGCCAAUCGCCCCUCGCCGCCCCCCCACACGCCUCCCGUUCCUCGCGUGCCUCAUUUUCGCUUGGCGCGCGCGUCCUUUCGAUCCGGCUCUAUCCGUCCGUACCACCGGCGAAAUCGGGCGGCUCUGCUCUCUGCUGCGAGUAGCUAGGGUUUCAGCCGAGCUCCCGGGCUCCGGGGCGCCGGGGGAUGGCGGCUCAGGGAGGCGAGGCGGCUGCCGGAUCCGACCCCAAGCCCAACGAGGGCUGGAGUGUAGAGCAGACAAGUUCAUCUCAGUACCAACCUUCAGCAUCGGGUCAUCAUGCGUGGUCUUCUUCAAGUGGGGCUUCCUGGAACUAUUCAGUGGAUAAUACAAACCAAAAUGCAGUUUAUUACGAUCCACAAAGGGAUGUCUCAGUUUCAGGGGCUACUCAAAAUGUGACAAAUGGUGCACCUCAUGUGACUCAACCGGCUGUGGGCACAACUAAUGCAACCAAUACUUAUGCACCUUACUCAAAUUCUGUUCAACCUGCCUACAAUGCUGCACAAUAUCCAAACUAUUACCAUAACUAUCCACAACCUGCAAACGAUUCUUCUCUUCACCAAGGAGUAGAUCAAAGUUCAGGUGCUGCAUAUCAGCCUCUUACUUCAUUUCCGAAUUCAGGAUCUUACGUUGGUCCUACAAGUAACACAUAUUAUAAUGCUGGUGCUGAUCAGACUGCGCAAGCAUAUGCCACCAACAACUAUUAUUAUCAAAACCAGGCCUGGUCUGGAGGAAGUUCUGGAGAUGUUCACGCCCAAACAUAUCAGACUUAUGCUCCAUCAGAUACUAAUGCUGCCCAGAGUUCUUGUUCUCUGCCCACCACUUCUUUCCACUAUCCUCAACAGUACAACCAGUGGUCUAAUUAUUAUGACCAGUCUGCACCAAACUCCGGUGCUUUAGCAGUUGCUGGCAACAGUGCUUCUGAUACAAAAUCUCCUAGUGCCGGUUCUGGUUAUACAUAUCCGAGCACCCAGCCGCCUCCACCGGGUACUACCCAACGGAAAAAUGAUGCUGUUGCACCUACUGCACCUCCCCAGGCGGUGGGAAUCACAGGGUUUCAAAGCCAGCACGUCAACCAGGCACCAGGUGCCCCAGGGUUUCAGAGCCAGCAUGUCAACCAGGCACCAGGUGCCCCAGGGUUUCAAAGCCAGCACGUCAACCAGGCACCAGGCGCCCCAGGGUUUCAAAGCCAACACGUCAACCCGGCACCAGGCGUGCAAGGAUUUCAAAGCCAGUAUGUCAACCUGUCACCAGACACUCCAGGAUUUCAAAGCCAGCAUGUCAAUCCGGCACCAGUCACACCAGGGUUUCAAAGCCAGCACUUGAACCAGGCACCAGGCAACCCAGGUUAUGAAAACCCCUAUGCUAACAAGACAGCUGCCGUCUCAGGGUUUCAGAACCAUUAUAUCAACCAGGCACCAGCUUACCAACAAAACUCUACAAGUCAUAGCCAGUUACCAUUAAGUAACCAACGAGAUCAACAGAAAGCUUUGCAUGCGCAAGGUCCAAGCUCAAAUGUUUAUUCAGUCAAUCAUGUUAAUGAAAACUCUCAACCAACUUUGCAGGGUUUUGCGAAAACAGUUGCCAGUGUAAAUAAAGUACACAUCCCGACAAAUCCUCGAAUAGCUCCAGGUUUCCCAAUGUCAAUGCCCCAAACCGGGAAGAAAUUAGAAGCUGAUUCAUCGCUAAAACCUGCUUAUGUUGGUGUUUCCAUGCCCAAGACUGACAUGAAUGCAGCUCAAGAUGGUCAUGGAGCUGCCGUUCAGGGAUCAUUCCCUGUUUCACUUUGUACUUAUGUCGAGCGGAAUCUUUCCCGUUGCAAGGAUGAUGCCCAGAGAUCUGCCACCCAAAGCAUCAUGAAGGAGAUGAUCACCAAGGCAACUGCUGAUGGGACCCUUCAUACUAAGAAUUGGGACAUUGAGCCGUUAUUAGCUUUGCCAGAAAAUGCUAAAGGCACAAAUAUGACAAGCAACGCAAAGGAUUCAAGUCCCUUCUCCUUUUCAACAUCUAGGAGGAGCCCGAGUAGACGUACGAAGAGUAGGUGGGAGCCUGUUGCAGAGGAAAAAGUAACUAACAAGGUGGAGGUUGUUUCGAAAGAGCCAGCAAAAAGUAAUGCCUGCACUACUUGGGAAAAUACUAGAAGAACGGGUAACACUUGGAAUCUUGGAAACUUUGUCCAGUCGCGUCAGCCUCCUACAAGCCAAUGGAAUCAGAGGCCCUCUAAAAAGCAGCGGAUUGGUGGUAAUGCGAAUCUAACAAAAAACGGGAAUGCUUCUAGUGACAGUGAUAAGGAGCAGGAUCUUACGAAAUAUUAUGCCAGUUCAAUUGCACUAACAAAUUCACCGGAGGAGAAGAAGCGACGAGAGCAUAGAUCUAAGCGAUUUGAACGUGGUCAGGGUGCAUCAUCAAAAUCUACGAGUUCCAUACCAUAUAAGGAUGGAGCAGCCAAUGUAUACACAAGGGGAGCCAUUUCAAUGCUUAACAAUAGAAGUAAUGGAGAUGGUGCUAGCUUGGCGGUGGAGGACAUCGACUGGGAUGCACUUACAAUUAAGGGAACAUGUCAGGAAAUUGAGAAACGAUAUCUACGCCUUACAUCCGCACCUGAUCCAGCCACUGUAAGGCCAGAAGAUGUCUUAGAGAAAGCUCUUCACAUGGUUGAAACAUCUGAAAAGAAUUACCUCUAUAAAUGUGAUCAAUUGAAAUCUAUCAGGCAAGACCUUACUGUUCAGAGGAUUCAGAACGAGCUGACUGUCAAGGUUUAUGAAACUCAUGCACGCUUAGCACUUCAAGCUGGAGAUUUGUCCGAAUAUAAUCAGUGUCAAUCACAGCUGACGAGGUUAUACGGUGAAGGAAUCGCUGGCUGUCAUCUUGAGUUCUCCGCUUACAACUUGUUGUGUGUCAUGUUACACUCUAAUAACAAAAGAGACUUGCUUUCAUCCAUGGCAAGCUUGUCAAAGGAGGCCAGGCUAGACGAAACAGUCAAGCAUGCGCUUGCAGUUCAUUCUGCUGUUUCAUCUGGAAACUAUGUCAUGUUCUUUAAAUUAUACAAGAAGGCACCUGGCUUGAACUCAUGUCUUAUGGACCUCUAUGUUGAGCGGAUGCGUUUUGAGGCAAUAAAAUGCAUGUCAAAAUCUUAUCGGCCAACUGUACCUGUGAGAUAUGUUACACGAGUUUUGGGAUUCACAAGAGUUGACGUACUUUGUGAGGCUAACGUAGCUGAUGGUUUAGAAGAAUGUGAGGAAUGGUUAAAAGCACAUGGUGCCGUUCUUGCAGUAGAUGAAAAUAGCGGAGAAUUACAGAUAGACACAAAGGUUUCUUCUGCUUCUCUAUACAUGCCGGAGCCUGAUAAUGCUGUUUCACAUGGUGAUGCAUCUCUUGCCGUAGAUGAUUUUUUGGCGCGAGCAUCAUAAAGAAUGUCAUGGUGAUUGGGUGAGCAACUUUUACCCUUUUGGCACCGAGCUUUGAUGCACUGCGAUAUUACAUAUUGCCAAUGCCAGUAGAGGAACACUAUAUUAAUGCAGGACAUGCACAUGAAAUUGACCGCGGAUGAAGGGUAUUGCAACUAAUUGGCUUCACAAACAGAUGCAGCAUGUGAGUAGGCGACAUUUUGGUAGCCUCACAAUGUGCUCUAGUGCCGUUGGAUCCACUGGCAAGUUCUGAUAAGCGACUAAUCUCCAGCUCUGUGAGUCCCGUAUCACAAUCAGAAGUAUGGGCAGCACUAACAGAUAUGAAUCACCCGGUAAAAUUUAUAUAUAGGUCCGAGCAUUGAGCAUUGCCUUUGUACCGCCUGUUUUUGUCAUAACCCAGUUCAGUGUAUUGUACAAUUUUUGUUCACAAUAGGUGUUGCCCGAUGUCAGUUUUUGUCAAAUUCGACAAUACUGAUGUUCUGAAAUUUUGUUCCCUCAUUUUCCUCAGGAGAAGUCAUGUUUCUCAGGGUUAGAGCUUGUGGUAAGAGUGACUAAUGUUUCAUUUUCUGUUACCAUGUAGUGGACCGUUGUAAACUGCAGAACAAUGGAUAUGAUAUGCAAGUGUUUUUGUUGUCUCGUUCA